AUGUGCACAAUUGUCAUUGUUAACUUUUCGCUUUCGAUGGUGGGUAUGCUGGCCGAGACUUCUCGCCAGCUGUGGUCUUUCUCCCGGGACAAGGGCGUUCCUGGGGGGUGGUGGUGGUGGUGGUGGUGGAGCCUGUCGCCCUUGACGACAUUCUUUCCAUGGCUAUAUCUUCAAUCUAUCUGA